CCGAGUUCUUCCGUGUGGGAACGUUCUUAAGACUGGAGCGGAACGUUCUUAAGACUGAGGCCCUCGCCGAUCUCGAGGAGUAGCGGAAUGGCCUUCUGUUCGAUGUCUUCAGAUCGUGCGGUAGGCUUUAGUAAACGACUUGCAGGUCAAGCUUACCGUGAUUUGUUUGUCUCAUGCUCUGCGUAGAGUCGCUCGGCACCGAGGUCGACCAACUAGAAAGCUCUAGUUACCUCGUACAUCUGCUCCUGAGUAUGAUCCAGGCAGGACAAAGAGGACCAAGAUUCGCACCGGCUUUCUACCAUCACCGCAUCCGCCGACGAGCUCUCUCGCCCUCAAAUCAGAACCACAGGCAUUGCGAUUUCGUUAGACUGACUUGAAUGGUUGGUUGGUGGAGACAUCGAGGGCGAAAGAGGUUUUCCUCAUUCCGCCAUCAAGAAGGAGAUCAUAAUACCUGGCGACAUAUGGCGGUUGGACACCUGCGAACUCCUGGCUUCCGACUUCAAUGCCAUCCAUAUACUCUUGUGUCAUCUGUGCCUACUGAUUUUGGGGGUGUUCUCGAACCGGAAGAUGUCGAUGUCGACGACCUGAUUGAUGCUGACGUGUCGGCAGAGACUUUUGUUUGGCUUGACAACGAUGACCUUCGAGAGGACCUUGAUGACCCCUCGACAUUGCGACUGGGUACCUCGACCACUCCGACGCUCGACCCUGCAGAUGCACCAUGCACUCCCUCUGCACUUACUGGCCAUCGUAAGAACAUGUCGACCCCUUUUUAUGCCGAGGGAGCUUCGAUCUCGAAGGCCGUGUUUCGGCUGACAUCCUUCAGGCAAAAUCAGCUCGAAGCUAUCAACGCUACGCUGUGGAACAGAAUUUGCGUGUGGGAUAUUCGGUGCAAGUACAUUGUAUGUAUACAGUGCAUGCAGCUGCUUAGUCUCAUUCUCGGCUCUGUCUCUCAGUGUCUUCGUCCCUCUUCAUCCGUACGGUCUGAUAAUACUGAUAAGUCCAUUCAGAAUUUGGCAAUUUCUAAAUGGCUUACCUAGAAGCCCUCGCGCGCACCUCUGAGUCCCAAGAGACGCUCGAGUUCCUGCAUUUCCAUUUCAAACAUCCGGCGUUCCCUUGCAAUCCAUAACACCAUCAUCGCGUGCACCUCGUCUUGCCAGACUGGAGGCAGCGGAUAGGGAGGAA